AAAACAGACAAUGAAAUGGAUUUGGUUGCUUGCAGUGGAAAGAAAAUGAAAGUUGGGAAGGGUUUGAAAACUUUGGAUUGCUUAAGGGGAAGAUUGCUUGCAGAAAGACAAGCUUCAAGAUCAGCCAAAGAAGAGGCUCAGCUUAUGGGGGAAAAGUUGAUAGAGUUGGAGAAUCAGAUUAGAAAGGAGACAGAGCUGAGGAACAAAGCUGAGAAGAGGCUUAAACUCUUGAUAAAGAAGCUUGAAUCCUUCAACAUUGCCUCCUCAACAUCAUUAGUAGCCUCAGAAAUUUGGACAAAUUUCUCAGCCUUAAAGGAAACAGAAAACCAAGAAUCAAGAUCAGAGAAUGUGGAAUCAACGAUCUCGAAAAAUCAAUGCGAGAAAGUUCCAGAAAUCGCCACAUCCAAACAGCGCGAUGAGAAAGAACCUAAUCAGAAUACUCCAGAUCGAGCAAAUUCAAGCCCUAACUCCGAAUCUCGCAACAAUUCCUGCACCGAUCCCCGCCGAUCUUCUCAAAUCCCUCAAAGAAAAGAUCAGAGGAUAAGUAAAGGAGAAAGAGAACAAGCAUUACACUGAUAAUUUGAUAGCAUCUGUUCCCGGAGCGACGCCGGCGGCGAACUCAAAGACGGGGGCGAUGAAGAUGAAAGCAAUCCACGAG